AUGCGUCUCCUGGAACGUGAUGAUGCCGGCGAAAUCCGCCCGACGAAGGACCUGCCCAGCGACAAGAUUCCGCCAUAUGCGAUUCUUUCACACACAUGGGGCCCCGAUGAGGAGGAAGUCAGCUACAAAGAUUUAAAGGACGGCAGAGCCGUAAGCAAACUCGGCUACAACAAGAUCCGGUUUUGCGCAGAUCGAGCUUGGCGUGACGGGCUGAAAUUCUUCUGGGUAGACACAUGCUGUAUCGAUAAGUCCAACAGCACUGAGCUUCAGGAGGCGAUCAACUCUAUGUUCAGGUGGUAUCGCGAUGCGGCUAAGUGCUAUGUCUAUCUUACAGACGUCUCAGCAUACAAGCGAGACGCCGACGGCGAUCCUAGUUGGAAAUGGGCUUUUCAGAAAUGCAAAUGGUUUACUCGAGGAUGGACCCUCCAAGAACUUAUUGCUCCGACAUCAGUCGAGUUCUUUUCAAGGGAGAAGGCGCGUAUUGGAGACAGGAACUCUCUAGAGCGAAUGAUCCACGACGUAACGGGAAUUCCCCUCGAGGCCCUCCGAGGUAGUCCUUUGUCUGAUUUCAGUGUCCAUGACCGGAUGGCAUGGAUGAAGCAACGCAAUACAACACGUGAAGAAGACAUGGCAUACUCGCUUUUCGGUAUCUUCGACGUCCAUCUGCCUCUUAUCUACGGCGAAGGAAAAGAGAAGGCCCUUGAGCGGUUGCGAGAGAAGAUUGGGAAGGAUGACGGCUGUCUGGCCGACCUGCGUGUCACCGACUCUCGCCACGAUAAGAAGCGGAUCGAAGCUGCCAAGGGCGGCCUCCUGAAAGACUCCUACUGUUGGGUUCUCAGCAACGUCCAAUUCCAACAAUGGCGCGACGGUGACGAUCAACGGCUGCUCUGGAUCAAAGGCGACCCCGGCAAAGGCAAGACUAUGUUGCUCUGCGGCAUCAUCGACGAAUUAAAAAAGUCUACACCACCUGGCCUUGUAUCCUUCUUCUUUUGCCAAGCCACCGACUCGCGCAUUAAUAAUGCCACUGCCGUCCUCCGCGGUCUAAUCUACCUUCUUGUCAGCCAACAACCAGCACUCAUCUCACACGUACGACGACCUUAUGAUCAUGCAGGAAAAAAGAUGUUUGAGGAUCCUAACGUAUGGGUUGUCGUGUGUGAGAUCUUUACUAGCAUUCUACAAGAUCCCGGCUUGAGAAUGACGUAUUUGAUCAUCGACGCGCUUGAUGAAUGCGUGACAGACUUGCCGCAGCUUCUCGAGCUGAUCACCCGGACCUCAUGCACAUCCUCCCCAAUCAAGUGGAUCGUCUCGAGUCGCAAUUGGCCGGAUAUCGAAGAGCAAUUGGAAACAGCCACGCAGAAAGCGAGGCUAAGCCUCGAGCUCAACGCCGAAUCUAUUUCUGCUGCUGUCAACGCAUUUAUCCAAAACAGGAUAGAUCAACUGGCACUGAAAACGAAAUACGAUGCCAACAUGAUAGGCAAGAUUCAGGAUUACUUACACUCCCACGCAAAUGGCACGUUUCUGUGGGUGGCGUUGGUCUGCCAGGCGCUCGCGGAUCCAAAGGUUAAGAAGCGGCAUAUAUUAGCAAAGUUACAGACAUUUCCGCGCGGACUAGACUCUUUAUAUGCGCGGAUGCUGGAGCAGAUUGGUCAUUCCGAGGAUGCAGAGCUUUGCAAGCAGAUUCUUGCCGUCGCCGCAGCCGUUCGCCGACCUAUCAGCCUUGAUGAACUCGCCUCUCUUAUUGAGAUGCCGGAUGACGUUUCCGAUGAUCCGGAGUCCUUGGAAGAGAUUGUUAAGCUUUGCGGCUCGUUCUUGAUCAUCCGAGAACAAACGGUCUAUUUCGUCCACCAAUCGGCCAAGGACUUUCUCCUCGGCACGGCUUCGGACAAAGCCUCCAACAAAGCUUCUCAAGAAGCUUUCAAGCUGGUGUUCCCUACUGGGAUAGAGGAUGUGAGCUAUAUCAUCUUCUGGAGGUCACUGAAUGUUAUGUCUCAGAAGCUGCGACGAGACAUAUACUGCUUAAAUGCACCGGGAUUCUCGAUUGACAACGUCCGAGUGCCAGACCCGGACCCGCUAGCAACGGUACGAUAUUCAUGCAUCUACUGGAUUGAUCAUUUACGUGAUUUGGUCUCUAGCACAAGCUCAAAAUGGGUUCAUCUUUUACAAGAUGAUGGGGAUAUCCACAGAUUCCUUACAUCGAAGUAUCUUUACUGGCUUGAAGCUCUUAGUCUACUCCGAGCUUUACCAGAGGGCAUCGAUGCCAUACGACAGUUAGAGAGCUUAUUGGGACAUACCAUUCGAGGGAGGUUAAUAGCUAUCGUCCGGGAUGCAUAUCGGUUUGCGCUGUCCUACAGGAUGAUAAUUGAGAAAGCCCCUCUUCAAGCAUACACAUCAGCCCUUGUAUUUGCACCGACUAACAGUAUAAUAAAGAAAUUCUUCAAGAAGGAAGAGCCUGGCUGGAUUAGCACAAUAUCAGUUGUAGAAGCGGAAUGGAAUGCCUGCACACAGACGUUAGAGGGCCAUGGCGGCUGGGUCCAGUCGGUCGUGUUCUCGCCGGACGGCCAGCGUGUGGCAUCGGGCUCACACGACAACACCAUCAAGAUUUGGGAUACGGCAUCGGGGGUCUGUACACAGACGUUAGAGGGCCACGGCCGCUGGGUCCAAUCGGUCGCGUUCUCGCCGGACGGCCGGCGUGUGGCAUCGGGCUCGGACGACAACACCAUCAAGAUCUGGGAUACGGCAUCGGGGGUCUGUACACAGACGUUAGAGGGCCAUGGCGGCAGGGUCCAGUCGGUCGUGUUCUCGCCGGACGGCCAGCGUGUGGCAUCGGGCUCGCACGACAACACCAUCAAGAUCUGGGAUACAGCAUCGGGGGUCUGUACACAGACGUUAGAGGGCCAUGGCGGCUGGGUCCGGUCGGUCGCGUUCUCGCCGGAUGGCCAGCGUGUGGCAUCGGGCUCGGACGACAACACCAUCAAGAUCUGGGAUACGGCAUCGGGGGUCUGUACACAGACGUUAGAGGGCCAUGGCGGCAGGGUCGAGUCGGUCGCGUUCUCGCCGGACGGCCAGUGUGUAGCAUCGGGCUCGAGCGACAACACCAUCAAGAUCUGGGAUGCGGCAUCGGGGGUCUGUACACAGACGUUAGAGGGCCAUGGCGACUGGGUCGAGUCGGUCGCGUUCUCGCCGGACGGCCAGCGCGUAGCAUCGGGCUCGAGCGACAACACCAUCAAGAUCUGGGAUACGGCAUCGGGGACCUGUACACAGACGUUAGAGGGCCAUGGCGGCUGGGUCCACUCGGUCGUGUUCUCGCCGGACGGCCAGCGUGUGGCAUCGGGCUCGCACGACAACACCAUCAAGAUCUGGGAUGCGGCAUCGGGGGUCUGUACACAGACGUUAGAGGGCCAUGGCGACUGGGUCGAGUCGGUCGCGUUCUCGCCGGACGGCCAGCGCGUAGCAUCGGGCUCGAGCGACAACACCAUCAAGAUCUGGGAUACGGCAUCGGGGACCUGUACACAGACGUUAGAGGGCCAUGGCGGCUGGGUCCAGUCGGUCGUGUUCUCGCCGGACGGCCAGCGUGUGGCAUCGGGCUCGCACGACAACACCAUCAAGAUCUGGGAUGCGGCAUCGGGGGUCUGUACACAGACGUUAGAGGGCCAUGGCGACUGGGUCGAGUCGGUCGCGUUCUCGCCGGACGGCCAGCGCGUAGCAUCGGGCUCGAGCGACAACACCAUCAAGAUCUGGGAUACGGCAUCGGGGACCUGUACACAGACGUUAGAGGGCCAUGGCGGCUGGGUCCACUCGGUCGUGUUCUCGCCGGACGGCCAGCGUGUGGCAUCGGGCUCGGACGACAACACCAUCAAGAUUUGGGAUACGGCAUCGGGGGUCUGUACACAGACGUUAGAGGGCCACGGCCGCUGGGUCCAAUCGGUCGCGUUCUCGCCGGACGGCCGGCGUGUGGCAUCGGGCUCGGACGACAACACCAUCAAGAUCUGGAAUGCGGCAUUGGGGACCUGCACACGGACGUUAAAUGUUGGUUCAACUGCUACCCAUCUAUCGUUCGACUAUGCCAACGCUUAUAUCAAUACAAAUAUCGGGCGUACCCAAAUAGCCACGGCUACCAUAGAAAAUCCAAAUCAGCUAAGUAGUCCGGUGUUUUAUUCGUAUGGUUUAGGACAAGACUACCGUUGGAUUACUUGCAAUAACCAGAACGUGUUAUGGUUGCCACCAGAAUAUCAUGCAAGCGCUUCUGCUAUGCAAGGACGCAAAAUAGUUCUUGGCUGUUACUCAGGGCGUGUUAUAACGUUUUUAUUUUCUCGAGAUGUUUGA